AUGGUUUCUUCAACUCCCUUAACAGAUGAUAUGCUGCUCGAGAUCUUUAGUCAUCUUCCUCUGAAUUCAACCUACAAGUUUAAAUGUCUAUCAAAGGUAUGGUUAUCUAACCUCUCACACCCUGAAUUCAUUACCAAAUGGUUCAAAAUUAACAGCAAAUCUCUUCCAUGGAUACAAUAUUAUUCAACUAAUGACCGCCGCGUUACUGAUGAACAUGCUGAUAAAAACCGUUUGAUAGCUAAGAUGGCAUAUCCAGAAUCACAUUCAGGGUUCAUGUCUAGAAAUGACCAUCUGUUCUCUCUUAAGUUUCUUAUGAAUCAGAAACCAUCUGGGGCUGAGUUGCUUGUUUUAGGUUCUAGUAAUGGCUUGGUACUUUGUUCAGUUAUUUUGUGUCCUAGGAGGAAGAAGACGGAUGGCUUGUAUCAUGUUUGUAAUCCACUAACUCAGGAAUGGGUUUCACUUCCUCCAUAUAUUGAAGGAUUUGGUGUCAGUGCUAUAUUUUGUGAGCAUUCAUCAUCAUUCCCAAGUUGUUUUAAGGUUGUACGUAUCCGAGAAUUCGAAACGCCUUCGAAGAAAUUCAUCGUUGAUAUGUUCUGUUCUACUCUCGGUGUAUGGGAAAGCUUUCAAGUUUCGUGUGAUAAAAAUGUUGUGUGGGGAUGGUCUAAUAAAAUUGUUACCCUUAAUGGUGUUUUGUUUUGGGCUGAAGGGGGUGGAAUGUUAGUUUGUGAUCUUAAUCAGAAAAAUGGAAGUGGUGGACGUCGAUGUAGUUUGAUUGAUUUGCCGGAUAGGGUGCUUGAUGUUAAUGAAUUUGGUAUCUUUGAUAGUCGCAUUGGGGAGUCAGAAGGCCGGGUCUGUUACGCUAAAAUUAAAUGGACAGCAAGUGGAAGGGGAAUGACUGUAAGUAUUUGGGUGCUCAAUGAGGUCAAGUGGAAAAUAUUGCACAGGAAUAUUUCACUGGACAAUGUCUUAGCAGAACUGCUUUCUCGGAUAGGUGAAGAAGCUGCGCCAAUCAGAGUUUUAGGUUUCAGUCCAGUAGACCGUAAUGUUAUUUUGCUCGGUUGGAAGCACUGGGUCUGGAGGCUUAAUAUCAAAACCAGAAGCUUUGAAGAACUCCGCUUGGAUAACAGACGUGUUCAUGAUGCGGGUGUGAUGAUCCUGCCAUUUGCUCUAAAGCCAAUGCCAACAGUACUUCCACCGCCCUCUUGGUAG